AUGAUCUCUCAAACACAUGUGUCAUUUGUGACCGUGAUCUCUCAAACACAUGUGUCAUUCGUGACCGUGAUCUCUCAAACACAUGUGUCAUUCGUGACCGUGAUCUCUCAAACACAUGUGUCAUUCGUGACCGUGAUCUCUCAAACACAUGUGUCACUCGUGACCGUGAUCUCGUCGGGGGCGCUGCACGGUGGGGCGGCGGCGCUGCAGCCGCUGCUGCACGCCUACCCCUUCACCACGGACAAGCACUCCCUCGCACACUCCCACGCCAUGGCCCACGCCCGCACAGGGGGGCGCGACGAUGACGACGAUGAGGGGGAUGAGGCAUGGGGUGCGGGUGGGGGCGGGAGCGGGGAAGAGGGGUUGAGAGGGGAGGGGGGAGGGGCGUUGGCAGGGGUGGAGGGGCGCAAGACGCUGCUGGCGGCGGUGGACUAUGAGAUGUGUCGCGGGGCAGCGCUGCUCGUCACCAACAACAAUGGCAACAUGGCCCACCUGUUAGCGGGCCACAGAAGGUACAACGGGGUGGGCGGCACGGUGCACCUCUUUGGCUCCUCCAUCCACCGCCUCCUUGCUGCCGUCCAACAUGGGGAUCACGAGGCUGCUCAGAAGCUUCGCAAUCGGCUGCUCAAGGGCGACCUGAGUAGUGAGAGGGAGAGCAAUGAGAAGGCUGCAGCGAGAGGAGGGUUUUACGCAUUUCCACGGGAUUGUUUGUGUCAAGUCUGA